UUCGCCAUCGAAGAACUCAGCGAGAACUCAGCGAGAGAGAGAGAGAGAGAGAGAGAGAGAGAGAGAGCAAUGGAGAUGAAGGGAAAGGGAGAAGAGCCAGCGCUGGGAGUUCCGUACCCCUACGGCACGGCGCCUCCGGCGCAAGCCUACUAUGUCGCGGAGAACCCCUACCAGGCCGGGAUGGUACCGCCGAACGCCAUCUAUGGUGAUCCCAAAGGCAUCCCUUUGCAACAGACGAUGUAUCGCGACACGCCGGCGCCUUUCAAUUGCACCUUCUGUGGCUCCUCUGGUCUCACCACCGUCAGAUCAAAACCGAGUGUUGCAGCGGUUGUUGGUUGCAUGAUGACAUUCAUGGUUGGAUUCUGUUUCCUUUGCCCUUCCAUGGAUUGCCUUUGGCACAAAUAUCAUUACUGCCCAAAUUGUGGAGAAAAGGUUGCCAACUUUGAAAAAUCCGAUCCAUGCCUCGUUGUAGAUGUGCCUCGUUGGACCGAGCCCAGUUUUGCUGUACCUGCAUAAAAUUGUUUGUUCAACGUUUUUCUCA